GUGCUGACGUAGAUUUUAGUCAAUAUUCCAAGAACAAUAAAAAUUAAUAGUUGUUAUGUUUCUUUUGCAAAAUUGUUUUAACUUAUAUGUCAUUAAAUAUUGGUCGCAAUUUUCUAACAAAGCUAUUAAUUCAUAGAAGCAAGCAAAGCAAUAGUUAUCAAAUUAUACCAAGAUUAUAUUGUGAGUUAUCAAAAUAUAUAAAAAUGACCAAUGAGUGUGUUCAUCCUUCAGAAGAUAACAGUAAAGAUUUAAAGAAAAUAGCCGAUGAAAAUCUUAAAAUUAUUACAAGAAAUCUCCAGGAAGUCAUUGGUGUGGAUAGAAUGCAAGCAAUUAUAUCUGAAAGACCAUUGCGUUUAUAUUGGGGAACAGCUACAACAGGAAAGCCACAUAUUGCCUAUUUUGUGCCUAUGAUAAAAAUUGCAGAUUUUCUCAAAUCAGGAUGCGAGGUUACCAUAUUGUUUGCAGAUCUUCACGCUUAUCUUGACAAUUUAAAAGCUCCAUGGGAACUUUUAAAGCUUAGAACUGAAUAUUACCAAGCUGUUAUCAAGGCUAUGCUUCUUUCAAUUAAUGUUCCAUUAGAAAAACUAAAGUUUGUAAAAGGAACUGAUUACCAAUUAUCAAGGGAAUAUGUUCUUGAUGUUUUCAAACUCUCAACAAUAGCAACUGAGCAUGAUUGCAAAAAAGCUGGUUGUGAAGUUGUUAAGCAAGUUCAACACCCUGCUCUGAGUGGGUUACUUUAUCCUGGUCUGCAGGCUCUUGACGAAGAAUACUUGAAUGUGGAUGCUCAGUUUGGAGGAGUUGAUCAACGAAAGAUUUUUACUUUUGCUGAGAAGUAUCUUCCAAUGCUUGGCUAUAAAAAACGAAUUCAUUUAAUGAAUCCAAUGGUACCUGGAUUGACUGGUGGCAAAAUGAGCUCAUCUGAAGAAGAUUCAAAAAUCGAUUUACUUGAUGACGAAAAACUCAUUAAAAAAAAAAUUUCAAAGGCAUUUUGUGAGGAAGGUAAUAUCACUGAAAAUGGUGUUUUAGCAUUCUGCAAAUUUGUUCUAUUCCCAGUUAUGGAGCAUAAAGGAAUUUCUUUAUUUCAAAUAUUUCGGUCUGAAGAAAAUGGUGGAAACCUUGAUUUUUCUACCUACAUUCAGCUUGAAGAAGCAUUCAGUGAAAAGAAAUUACAUCCCGGAGAUUUAAAGGCAUCAGUUACAAAUUUUCUAAACGAGCUGCUUGCACCUAUUCGAAAGGUGUUUGAUGAUCCUGAAAUGAAAAAACUAUCUGACCUUGCUUAUCCAAAACCUGUCAAAGAGAAUGUCAAAGGUAGUGAUAGUCGGCCCAUUAAUCCAGCAAGAUUAGAUAUGCGUGUUGGCAAAGUGCUCUCUGUAAAACCACAUCCAGAUGGAGAUUCCCUGUACAUAGAGGAAAUCGACUUAGGUGAAGACAAGCCACGUCAAAUUGUUAGUGGUUUAAAGGCUUACAUGAAAGCAGAAGAACUUAAUAAUAAACUUUGUGUUGUGCUUUGUAACUUGAAACCAGCAAAUAUGAGAGGAGUAAAAUCCGAGGGAAUGCUUCUUGCUGCAUCAAAAACUAAUAUGGAUGGAAAUCGACAGGUUGUUCUUUUGCAACCUCCAAAUGAUUGUCAACCUGGUGAUAGUGUUUAUUUUAAUGGAUUUUCUCACUUAGAACACGGCAAGCCUGAUGACCAACUCAAUCCCAAAAAAAAAAUAUUUGAAACAAUAAAGACUAAAUUACAAGUUUCCGAUGAGUUCGUUGCUGAAUACGAUGGUUGUGUAAUGCAAACCGAACGAGGUGUUGUAACAGCGACUUUAAAUAACGCUGAAAUAAGUUAAAAUGUUGAACAUCACAUUUUUUUAUUUUCAAUUUAUAUUUAUUUUACUAUGAUAAAAGAAAAAAAGAAUGUUUACGCCAAUUAACUGGAA